CCUCUGGAACAAGCCUGAUAGAAGAUUAAAUGGGCCAAAACAACAAUGUCACAGAAUUUGUCUUGCUGGGGUUUACUCAGGAUCCUGCUGGGAAAAAGGCAUUGUUUGUUGUGUUUCUACUCAUCUACAUUGUGACAAUGGUGGGAAACCUGCUCAUUGUGGUUACAGUGAUUGUCAGCCCCUCCUUGGGCUCCCCAAUGUACUUCUUCCUUGCUUCUUUGUCACUCAUGGAUGCUGUUUAUUCCACUGCCAUCUCACCCAAGGUUAUUGUAGACUUGCUCCAUGACAAGACAACCAUCACCUUCACAGCUUGCAUAAGCCAGCUCUUUAUAGAGCAUUUAUUUGGUGGUGUUGAUAUUGUCAUUCUGGUGGCAAUGGCCUAUGAUCGGUAUGUGGCCAUCUGUAAACCCCUGCAUUAUCUGAUUAUCAUGAAUCGACGUGUGUGUAACCUUUUCUUAUUGAUGGCCUGGGCAGGAGGUUUUGCACAUGCUAUGUUUCAAGUUCUUGUUGUGUGUAAACUUCCUUUCUGUGGUCCCAAUAUCAUUGACCACUUUGCCUGUGACACAUACCCACUAUUGCUACUUGCAUGCACUGAUACCUACUCUAUUGGCCUCUCUGCUAUUAUCAAUAAUGGGGCCAUGUGUAUAGUGAUCUUCAUUCUCCUCCUACUUUCCUAUGGAAUCAUCUUAAGAUAUCUCAAGAAUCAAAGUCAGGAAGGGAGACGCAAAGCUCUGCUCACCUGCAGCUCCCAUAUCACUGUGGUUUUCCUCUUUUUUGUCCCCUGUAUUUUCAUGUAUGCUAGACCAGUUUCUAGUUUUCCUGUUGAUAAAUCCAUUACUGUAUUUUAUACAGUUGUCACCCCCAUGUUGAAUCCUUUAAUAUAUACUUUGAGAAACUCAGAGAUGAAAAAAUCUAUGGAAAAGCUCCUGCAAAAACUUUUAAGUCCUGAUAGAAUAAUAUUUUCUUCUUGCUUCAUCUAUUAA